AUGCGGCCACUCCCGGCGUUCACCAUCUCCCGCCUCGCCGCCGUCCGCGCGGACCCCUGCGGCGUCCCACUCCCCGUCUUCAACUCCCUCCUCUCCAGCCUCGCCACCUCCGACCCCUCCCACGCGCACCUCCCGCUCCACCUCUUCCGCCGCCUGCUCCUCCUCCCCGCCCACCGCCCGGACGCCUUCACGCUCUCCUCCCUCGCCUCCUCCUUCCUCCCCCUCCACCCAUCCCACGCCGCCGCCUCCCUCCACGCCUUCUCCCUCCGGCUCGGCCUCCUGCACGCCGACCCCGUCCUCACCAACUCCAUCCUGCUCCUCUACCUCCGCUCGCCCCACCGCACCCCCACCACCGGCACGGCGCUCCGCCUGUUCGACGAAAUGCCCGCCCGCACCGCCUCCACCUACAACACGCUCAUCUCCCACGCCCCCGCGGGCACCGACGUACGGUCCUUGGCGCGCCGCAUGGUCGCGGACGGGCUCAGCCCCGACAGGUUCACCGUCUCGGCGCUCCUGUCCGCGUGCGCGUCCGAGCGCCAGGGCAGGGAGCUGCAUUGCUUCGCCGUCAAGCGCGGGAUGUGCGGCGACGGCGAUUUCCAUGUCAGCAGCGGGUUUGUCUCCAUGUACUGCAGGGUCUCCCGGCCAGGCCUUGCGCGCCGGGUCUUCGACAGGAUGUGUCAGAGGAAUGUGGUCUCGUGGACCGCCAUGGUGGGAGGGUAUGCGGAGAAUGGCAUGUUUGAGGAUGCGGUGAAGGCUUUCCGGGCGAUGUGGGCGGUUGAUGGUAUUCUGCCGAAUAGGGUCGCAUUGAUCAGUGUGCUGUCGGCUGUCGAGGGCCUCAUGGGCUUAGCAGAGGGCAAGCAAGUGCAUGGUUUCGCUGUCAGGAUGGGGCUCUACGGGGAGUUGUCUCUCAACAAUGCUUUGAUUGAUAUGUAUGCAAAGGCCGGAGCCUUGCGUUAUGCAAGGCGUGUUUUCGAUGAUGCUACUUGGCGCAAAGAUGUCAUCUCAUGGGGUUCAAUGGUACUGGGUUAUGGCCUUCAUGGUAUGGGUACAGAAGCAGUUGCCUUGUUUGAUCAUAUGCAUGCUUCUGGGGUUAAGCCAGACAGCAUAGUUGGUCUGGGUGUGCUCUCUGCGUGCUGCAGGGCAGGAUUGGUGUUGAAGGGACUUGAGAUAUACAACUCCCUUGUUAAGGAUCACAAAGUCCAUCCAACCGAGGAGAUGUCUGCUUGCGUAGUUGAUCUACUGGGGCGUUCCGGGUUGAUCGACCAUGCCUUGGACUUCAUAAAGUCAAUGAGUGUAGAGCCAGGUCCUAGUGUAUGGGGAGCACUUCUGGAUGCCUCUGUUAUUCACAGUAACAAAGAAACUCAAGAUUUAGCUUGCAGGUCUCUUCUUAGAUUGGAAGAAGAGAGCCCAUCAAAUCUUGUCUCGGUAUCUAACCUACAUGCCUCUUCUGGUAGGUGGAAUAUUGUUGAACAAGUGAGGGCAAAGAUUAAACAGGGAACGUUGAAGAAAACACCUGGUCGCAGUUGGGUAAAUGCAGCAACAUAG